GGAGAUGCCGGGGGAGCCUACAAAUCCCAAGGAGGCUUGGGAGGGCCCCAAUGGGAAGGAGUGGAAGAAGGCCUCAGAUGAAGAAAUGGGGAGCAUCAUCGAGAACGACACGCUUGACUUGGUGAACCUACCUCCGGGGCGUAAGGCGAUCUCUUCCAAGUGGCUCUUCAAGCGCAAGACCGACGCCGACGGCAACAUCGAGCGCUACAAGAGCAGACUUUGAAAAUAGUAACGUUACUUCGUGUAGUGUUACAUUUCACUUGGUGUAGCCCCUUGGAGGGUUGGUUUCGAGACUCUUCAUGGUUGGGGACCCUGUGGUGGUGUACCACCAACCUGGACCUCGGCUCUUGGGGUAUGUAGAGGCUGGGAACCAUCUCCCUCUCGAACUCUUCUUGCUAAGUUUGUACUCCUAAGACUAUUGUGGCUGCUAUACCUCCUGCCAGUCAAACCGCCAUAGCGU